GAAGCGCAGUGCUCUGUUGUGUCAUGUGACACUGGUUUAAACAGCUGAGCGAUAUAUUGAACUACUCCAGUGAGUGACAAACGUUUUCUUGUCCUCGGAAAAACGGCUGCACUGGAGCUUGAUCUGUAAUAUGUUGCUCUGUUGAUAGCGGUUACAAUACUUUACGGUUAACCACAUUACAAUAAUGAGUCAGAACGAUAAUCGUAACCCUACAGUCCAAGCGAACGGCACGCUGCAGGCACUUCCAGAAAGGGAUAACGACGAGUCGACACCUUUACUGGGAAAUGCUGCGGGGGCGCAGGGUCCUGGGGGGGCUUCCUUCAGCUCCUGCGUCUUCAACCUGAUGAAUGCAAUCAUGGGGAGCGGGAUCCUGGGCCUGGCCUACGCCAUGACCAAUACCGGCAUCCUGGGCUUCUGUCUGCUCCUCCUGCUGGUCUCCGGUCUCGCCUCCUACUCCAUUCACCUCCUCCUCAAGCUGUGUGACCAGACAGCCAUCACUUCAUAUGAAGGUCUGGGUUUCCAGGCCUUUCAGAAGCCUGGUAAAAUUCUGGUUGCUAGCACCAUUCUCAUCCAGAACACUGGAGCCAUGUCCUCCUACAUGUUCAUCAUUAAGACAGAACUGCCUGCCGCCAUCAUCAGUUUCCUGAGCCCAGAGCCUUCUGGUUCUCUAUCUGUCUGUCUCUGUCUCUCUUUGUCUGUCUGUCUGUCUGUCUGUCUGUCUGUGUCUGACUGUCUGUCUGCCUUUGUCUCUCUCUCUCUCUACAGAAACCCCUGGUACCUGAAUGGCUGGGUCCUGCUGAUGCUGGUGAUGUUCUGUGUGGUGCUGCCUCUAGCUAUGCUGCCAAAGAUCGGGUUCCUGGGCUACACCAGCAGCCUGGCCUUCGUCUUCAUGCUCUUCUUCACCGCCGUGGUUGUCAUCAAGAAAUGGUCUAUCCCCUGCCCCCUCCCACUGAAUGACACUCUGACUCCAUCUCAGUCCAGCAAUUUCUCCGACCCAGAAUGCAUUCCCAAGCUCUUUGCCAUUUCCAGUAAGAGCGCCUACGCUAUCCCCACUAUGGCCUACUCCUUCCUGUGCCACACAGCUGUGCUGCCCAUUUACUGUGAACUGCACCGACCCACAAAGAAGAAGAUGCAGAAUGUUGCCAAUGUGGGGAUCUCGUUGAGUUUCCUCGUCUAUCUGGUCUCCUCCCUGUUCGGCUACCUCACCUUCUAUGAGCAUGUGGACUCGGAGCUGUUGCUGGGAUAUGACCGUUACCUGCCUCAUGACAUGUUGGUGAUGACCGUCCGUCUGGCCAUCCUGCUGGCUGUGCUGCUGACCGUGCCACUCAUACACUUCCCAGCCCGGAAGGCAGCGAUAAUGCUCAUUCGGGGGGACCAGCCUUUCUCCUGGGUCCACCACGCUGUGGUCACCGUCCUCCUGCUGACUGUGGUCCUGCUGCUGGCCAUCUACGUCCCGGACAUUAAGAAUGUGUUCGGGGUGGUGGGAUCUACCACCUCCACCUGUCUUUUGUUUGUGUAUCCUGGACUCUUCUACCUCCGUAUCAGUGAAGACCCCCUGAAAUCCCCUCAAGCCAUCAGUGCUGUGGCUCUGGUGGUGUUUGGCGUCUUCGUGGGGCUUCUGAGUUUGUGCGUCAUCAUCGUCACCUGGGCACAGAACCCCUGACCGGACCGAUGCUGAGGGGUGGACCACACGUGGGAGAAGUAUCACUAUGGAAACGCACACGAGACACUCAGGGUGCACAUGAGCACAGAAUCAAAGAUAUGAGAGAGAGAGGAGUCAGAAUUGAGCUGCAUUCCUUAAGGACCGGAAGUAAUUGGUGCUGAAGAGUUUAUCCACGGACCGUGGGAAUCAUCUUCUGGAGCAAGUUUACUGUUUCUGGAGUCUCGCCACAAUCUAUAUUGUAUUAUUUGAGGAACUUUUGUAAUGUUUUCAUCUCUACAGAUGUAUGUGCCAGACAAUCAGAGGCUAUGAGACCAUUCGAAUGGCUUUCCAACUGUUUAAACUUUACUGGUGCUCCUGGUUCUCUGUCAGGUGGGCAAAACAUUUUAGAACCGGACAUUUUGGUCACAGUUAUGUAUUGUAUUGGAAGCACCAAUGUUGAUUGGAAGCACACAUAUUAUCUAUGCUGCACCAUUUUUAUUACCAUUUAUAAUCAAAAUAAUUCCUGACAAUCUCGGGGCAAUGCAAUUAUGUAUAUUUUUAAUGAAUAAUGUUACUUACAGAUUGUGUUUUUAUCUAUUCUACUGCACCAGAUGUAAUUGGAUUUCAGCUGCUGGGAGUAAUUAUUCUUAUGGAUUCCAAUUAUAAUUACUAAGAUGACCAUAACUUCAACAUCAUAGAGAAUCACAUUUCAUUUGACAAAACCAUUUUUUCCAUAUAUUGCGAUGAAGCCAAGCACUUAAGAUUUUCUCUCACACAUAAAAAUGCCUAUUCUCAUUAUUUGGUCACAUGUAAUUACGUCUCAAAAUGUGAAUGUUAAUAUAGAUCAAGGUUUACAUGCAUUCUAUGGCUGUGGAAGUGUUAGUUUUUAAAUGUUUAAUGAUUAUAUAUUAUUAUGUUUGAUCAAAGAAUUUCACCAAAGGGAAGUGGUUGUCACAGUCAUGUCAAAUAAAAGGGAAAAUGCUCACUUUAGA